AUAUUCCUAAAUGAAGAGGGAAAUGUUGCUCCGCUCAUUUUAUUAAUCAGACUGUCAAUUUCACCCAAGAGGCCAAACCCAAGAGCGAUCUACAACAGACUCAGAGAUCAACCCAGGGACAAGCACCUCGCUCCUCACUUCUCUCUUCCUCUCCACUUGGAUAUUAUUCGUCUGACCGAAGGCCGCCUCCAUCAUCAAGUGACAGCCCUCUCCUAUUUAUUUGCUUAUAAACCUGUUACAAUAAAUGAUCAUUGGAGCAACGUCAGCCCAGCAUUUUAACAACGAACAGCAGCCACUUUUGAUGAAUGACAUUUUGCUGCUGUGGGGAGGAUGCACGGCUCAUUUUGAGCAGUCGCUCGUCGAUUGCGUUUAGAUUCUUUCAUUUUUGCGUCUUGCUUAUAAAAAGGUUUAGAGACAGUUAUUUAGACACAGUUGCAGGAGUUGCAUGCGGAUUUAGCUCCGACACAACUCAUUGGUGCUCCAGCCCCCUGGACAAGUGUUGUGUGUGUCUGUGUGUGUGUCUGUGUGUUUUUUUUUUUUCUUCGUCGUCGUCGUCGUCUUCCACGGCUUAAUGAUGGAGAGGAUAAGAAAAGAGAUGAUAUUGAUGGAGAGAGGUCUCCACAGUCCUGUCGCCGGGAAGAGGCUCGCAGACACGCCUGGAAAUUCAGUGCUGGAGGCCCUGGAAAACUCCCAGCACGGCGGACGACUAAGCCCGAGAAUAACUUCCGCUUCCCUCCAUGGAAAUCUUGGGGACAUCCCGACGAAAAGCAAAUUUGAAAUUGACAGUCUUUUCGGUACACACCACGGCAGUGAAAAUUCUUCCUCGGCGGAAAUUUCCUCGUCAGAAAGCAGGAAGAAAAUGAGUCUUUAUUCCGAAGUUUCGCAAGAAUCAGAUAUUAACAGUGAUGUGGAAGUGGGAUGCCCUGCGCAUCGCUCCCCGAGCCAGCACAAGGAAAACAAUAAAGGUUUUUCAGACAGUAGCUCUGGAUCUUCCAACACAAGCUCAAACUCCCUCCAGAACAUGAACGGUAAUUCAACGGGGGGAUCAAACAAUUCAAAUACCGAUCAAGUCAGAAGGUAUCGGACUGCUUUCACCAGAGAACAAAUCGCAAGACUGGAAAAAGAGUUUUACAGGGAAAAUUAUGUUUCGAGACCGAGAAGAUGUGAGUUAGCGGCGACGCUAAAUUUGCCCGAAACUACAAUUAAGGUGUGGUUCCAGAACAGGCGGAUGAAGGAUAAAAGGCAGCGUUUGGCGAUGUCCUGGCCCCAUCCAGCAGACCCUAGCUUCUACACUUACAUGAUGACGCACGCGGCAGCUACAGGAAGUCUACCUUACCCUUUCCACUCGCACAUGCCUCUACAUUACUACCCGCACGUUGGUGUCACGGCAGCAGCAGCGGCCGCCGCCGCCACCGGUGCCGCCUCGUCACCUUUCGCCACUUCCAUCCGCCCCCUCGAUACCUUCCGAGCGCUCUCCCACCCAUACUCACGGCCAGAGCUCCUGUGCAGCUUCAGGCACCCGGGACUCUACCAGUCGCCUGCAGGCCUGAAUAGCUCGGCCGCUGCAUCCGCGGCGGCGGCGGCCGCUGCAGCGGCGGCUGCGGUCAGCGCUCCGUCAGCCACCGGGCCCUGUUCGUGCCUGAGCUGCCACAGCAGCCAGGCGGCAAGCGCAUUGGGCUCCAGGAGCGCCAGCGCUGACUUUACCUGCACAGCUUCCGGGCAAAGAUCCGAGAGUGGAUUUUUGCCGUAUUCUGCUGCGGUUCUAAGCAAGACUUCAGUCCCGUCACCAGACCAGCGAGAAGAAACUUCACUUAACAGAUAACUGAUCACGCAGCCAACGCGACCGUUUCCUAUUUUGCUCCAGUCCUACUUUUAGGGGUGGGGUGGGGGAUUAGGCCUACUACUUUAAAUGGGGAGUCUCACCUGGGCGAUGCAUUAGGCGGUAUCAUAAACACACCGAAACUCGAAGAUUAAAAGUCUAAAAGUGAUUCAACUGGAAGAGACUGUUUUUAUUAAAACAAACACUGAUACCCAACACUGAAAAUUUUGCAGCUAGUAACUUUUUUAAAGGCUCAUGGUCGUGUGUUGAACCAUUUUUACGGGAGCUACUGGAUUAAUUUACACAUUUGAGGGGAGAAAAAAAAACAUUUUAGCUUUUUUAUUUAAUAAUGUCCCACUGCCUCAAUAAAUGUACCAUUUCAAAUAAUUUAUUUAUAUUUUUUUUCCCCAAAUGAAAACAUAAACUUCAACUUAAAUGUCCAAUACUCUGUGUGACAAACCCAGCCUUGGCUAUCUCGGCUCCUUUAGUUUUCAGAUAAAAAUGUGAACUAAUUAUGCUUAUCUAAAUUUAGAUAUAGCAGACGGUCUACUUUUCUGCUCAGCAGCAUAUCUUUCUUCACUAUAGGUCUAAUAGACUGAGAUUUUGGCAGCAAUAGCUUCUCCAACACCCAGCCUCGGCUCUAUGGGGACACCUCUAAUCAGCUAGAAGGUGCAUAUAAUUUUGCACCGCGUCUUUCGCGUCAAGUUUUAUGUUAAUAAUGAGAGGAUCAUGACAAAAAUUGCCAAUCAUGUACCUAGAUGGAGCUCCUUUGAAUACAUGACUGUAAGAAAGUUCCUCGUUUUGAGACCCGCUGUCAAGUGCUAACAACCCGCGGAGGGAAGUCAUUAGACAUACAAAAGACCUGGAACAAAGCGACAGUCCUGGCACACAGAACGCACUGUAUGAGGAUGCUGUAUCUGACACAUGGACGGUUAUAAAAUAUUACACACCAAGUAGCUUUCCAGGACCCUUUGAUUUUUUUUUUUUUCUGAUAAUGGCAGAUACCUCGAUAUAUCAGUCUCUUUUAUUUGCAUUGCUGCACCUCAUUAUAUCAAUCCAGUAUUUUCAUACGUGGGCUAUCUAAUCCCUAUAGGACCUCUUCACCCACAAUGACGGGACUGAGCAAGGCGAGAGUUCAGAUAAAAUAGCCUGGCUUUACAAUCUGUCUGCGCCUGUAAAAUGGCUAUGUGCAUUUUAGUUGUUCCUGUUGGGACAUCACCAAUAUGUUAAUUAUAAAACAUGUGAACUGUAAAUCGUUAAAUAUUUUCCAAAUAGUCCUACCGAUAGCUUAAAACUGAAAUAUUGAUCCGGAAAAAUGUACCACGAAAUGUGGAUGGUAGGCUAUUUUUAAAACUUUUUUUUAAUUUAUUUUGUGACUUGUUGAAUGUUUUUUUUUUAAAUGUUAAAACACUGGAUCCCAUAGCCAACAAACUGGCUUGUAAAUUCACCAAUGGUCCAAACUCAUGACCUGUUUUGGGGGUUUGUUUGUUUGUUUUUUCGUGCAAAUUUAUACAUUUACUAUAGAGAUGGAGAAAAAUUCUUAUGAUCCACUCAAAAGAGGCUUGGAAGGGCUGAUAAACGGGCACUGAAAUUAAAUGGAAAAAUCUACUGGCCUUUGUCCCCAUGGUCUCUGUUAUAACUCUAUAUCUCUGUAUUUAAAAUAUCAAUGACUGUAUGAAUUUAAAUAUUUUAACUUGAAAAAAAUGUGCAAUAUGAAAUGUAAAUCAUGUUAUUUAUUGAUCGUGUUUGUUCUUGGAAAGUAAAUAAAAAAAGUCU